CUUUCAUCAUUUCAUCUCGGACAAGGGACACGCGAAAAUUCCAAUCGCUACUAGUUCCCUCUCGAACUCGGCUUCCUGGUACAAUAGGUUUUCGUCCGGGUUGUGAUCGACUAUCUCUCGCGACUCCCUACAGUCUAAUUCCACCUACAACUUUGCACUCCUCUCUCACCGAAUUGACUUCCCCCGGUAUUUGACCCCAACAUCAACUUCACGCAACGACAGUUUUCUUCGUAUCACAGCACGCCACCAACCAUUGGUCACCAUUACAAGACUGUCGGGGAUUACAACCAGAAGGAGGUAGCAGUCAAAAUGGCAGAGACCCAGGACAAGUUUCCUCUUCAUACUGCAGCUCGGGAGGGCAAAGUAUCUAUCGCAGAAACCAUACUCAAGACGGAGCCCAAGCUCGCUGCACGAGAAGAUGAUGACGGCAGGCUUCCCAUACACUGGGCCGCGUCCUCCAACUGCAUCGACAUCGUCAUUCUGCUUACGCAGAGUCGCAGCUUUGACCCUGAUGUUCAAGAUGGCAGCGGCUGGACGCCGCUGAUGAUCUCUGCAAGCCUCAAAGAUGGCGACGAUCUCGUCAAUUUACUUCUCCAAAAGGGCGCCGAUGUCAACCUGAAGAACCAUAACGGACAGAGUGUUAUGCACUUUGUGGCGUCAAAAAACAACUUGGACGUCGCAAAGAAGCUUCUCAACCACGACCCGCCCGCGUCCACCAAGAUCCGCGACAAACGCAGUCAGUAUGCCAUACAUAGGGCUGCCGCCAUAGGCUCAGUUCCGAUGGUGGCACUUCUGAUCAAACACGGGAGUCCUCUCAAUGCCACCGACGCUUCUGGCUACACUGCCCUGCACCACGCUGUUGCUGAGGGCCACGGUGACACAGCAGUAGCUUUGCUAAAGGCUGGCGCCGUGAUCAACAAAAAGGACAAUGAUGGAUGUCUCCCUUUAGAUUUGGCCCCUGAUAAGGAGGUUCGCCGAUUCAUUGAACGCGCAGCCGAGGAGGACGGCAUAGAGCUAUGA